AUGUCAUCUGAGCGUGUCAUAUUGGUUACGGGCGCAAACAAAGGAAUCGGGUUUGAACUUGUAAAGAAAUUAGUUGGUUCUAAAGACACGGUGGUGUUGGCUUGUCGAGAUUUGAAUCGUGGACAAGAAGCUCUGAAACAAUUGGGAAAUCAGAUGAACGUACAUUUAAUCCAAUUAGACACAUCAUCACCUCAAUCAAUUCAAGAAGCAACAGAACAAAUCAAGAAGAAAUUCGGACAUCUCGACGUACUUGUGAACAAUGCUGGAAUUGCUAAACAUGAGAAAAGUCUACAAGCGGCUACCGAAAUAUUUGGCACAAAUUAUCAUGGCAUCAAGAAGGUCAAUCAGCAUUUUCUGCCACUAAUGAACAAAAACGGUCGUAUCGUAAACGUUUCUAGUGAAGUUGGAGCGUGGACACUUGAUCAAUGUUCAGACGAGUUGAAACAGAAACUAUUACAUCCAAACCUGACAGAGGCAGAAUUAGAUAAGAUUGUCGAAAGUUUUUUCCACGCUAUUGAAAACCACACUGAAGCCGAGAAUGGAUUCCCAGCGGAGAGUCCAUUUCUCAUUUACGGUAUGUCCAAAACAGCUCUUAACAUGUACACACGUAUUCAUCCUGCUGGAUAUGAAUCAAUGAUAGCUGUGUGUCCUGGUUAUUGUGCAACGGAUCUUAAUAAUCAUACAGGUGGACGCACAGCUUCAGUGGGAGCUGAUUCGGUUUUAUUUGUUGUCAAUGACAAAUCGGUUGAAAAUGGAAAGUUUUAUCAAGAUGGAAAGCUGAAACCGUGGAGUUAUCCGUGUGACACGGAUCUAACUAAAUUAUUGGAUAGCAACAAACAGAAGCAGAAAUAA